GUUUUGGGGUCCUUGCCAGCAGCGCUUCCGGGUCCACGUAUUGAGAACAUCACAAAUCUCCUUCCUGGCGAAUAAUGUCGUUUGGCUGAGUUUGUCCCAACGGUUUAUGUUCGUGAUUUUACCUGUUUAAACCUAUAGUUUAUAGUCAAAUACCCAGAGGCGCUUCCAGAUUUGUACAUCCUUUUAAACGGUUUCACUAUGUCUUGGUUUACCGACUUGGCUGGGAAAGCUGAAGACUUCCUGAAUAAGGUGGACCAGGGAGCUGCCUCAGCUCUGAGCAAAAACCAAGACAGUACAUCAUCCUUUGCCGCAUCCUAUGAAGGCGAAGUUACUGUAGAACCUACGUAUAAUACUACAGGGUUCAAAACUGACACAGCUGUAACACAACAUGCCUAUGCAUCUUCUCAUGAUGCACUAAGCUACAUCUCUGCAGCAGCUGGCAACAUCAAAAAAUCCAAUGCAAGCUUCCAGUCUGCAGCAGCCUCUGCAGUCUCUAACCCUCCUGGUACUGGCAGCAUUCCUGCCUCUGCAAAGGCCUCCUCUGGCUUUGUAAGGCCCAAAAAGAGUGACCAGGAUGUGGAUGAUGACAUGCUGUUUGACUUUCUAAACAGCUCAGAUCCUCCUGUCAGCAGCAGCAGGAGGGAUUCUAGACGUGAACUGAAAGCUGUGGUUCCACUUAUUGAAUCCCAGCAUUCAACUCCUCCACCUUCUGCCAUUACACAAACUAUACCUUCAGUCCCAUCCACACCCCCCUCAACUCGCGGUGUAUCAAGGGCUUCGAGCAUGAGCUCAUUGUCUGGUCACAGCAUCAAAACAUCAGAGGAUGGUUCCACUAAACGGCAAAGCCAAGACACACCCGAGAGUUCAGACUCGGGCAUGGCUGUUCCUCAGGAGUCCAUCAGGAUGGAGGUACCUCCUUCUACAGAGGAGCCACAGAGCCAGGUCCUGUCCAGUCUGCGUCUGGAGAACCAGUUACUACGAAGUGAGGUGGCCUCCCUUAACCAAGAAAUGGCUUCAGUCAUCCAGAGGGCAAAAGACAUGCAAGAUGAAUUGAACCAGGCCAGACUACGUGCAGACAAAUGGAACUCAGAACAGUCUCAGACUAAUCGGACUUUACGGGAACUUCGGUCACAGGUUGAUGACCUAACAGAGGCUCUUUCAGCCAAAGAUGGCCAACUUGCAGUUUUGAAAAUCAGACUGGAUGAAGCCGAUCAGCUGCUUAAGGCUCGCAGCACUGCACUUGAGGAGGCUCAGAAGGAACAGUCAAGACUCAUGCAAGACCACACAGAAGGGAGCAGCAUGCAAUCCAAAGCUCUUGAGACAAUACAGGAGAGGCUACGAGAAACUGAAAAGGCUCUGAGAAGGGAGCAGGAUAGCUACCGGCAGAUGCAGAGUGAGCAAUCUGGUCGACUGUCCAAACUGGAGGCUGAGAGGCAGACCCUUGCAGAGACGGUGACUGCAGCAGAGCGGCGGGGUGCAGAGGAGAAGCUCAGGGUUGAUGACCUCCAACAGCAACUAAAAAGUGCCAAAGCUGCAGCUGAGUUAGCAAAGCAGGAGUUGCAGGACUACAAGCACAAAGCAUCCCGCAUAUUACAAUCCAAAGAGAAGCUGAUCAGCAGUCUGAAGGAGGGAUCUGGUCUGGACACACUGGACGGCAGUGGGACCAUGGCUCUGGAGCUGGAAGAACUGCGACACGAGAAGGAGAUGCAGAGGGAGGAGAUGCAAAAGUUACAGGGGCAAGUACAAACUCUUCGAACGGAAAUACAGGAUUUAGAAAAUCAAGCUUUGACAGAAGCAGAGACGUGGCGUGAGCAGCAGGUGCAUUUACAAGAACAACAUGCUUUGGAAAACAGAGCUAAACAAGAGAUGGAGGCUGAGGUUGAGCGCUACAAACAGGAAGUGCAGUACCUUGAGGAAGAGCACCAUCGAGCUAAAGCCACUCUGCAAAGUCGAAUCAAAGACAGAGAAGAUGAAAUCCAAAAACUCAGGAACCAGUUGACCAACAAGACUCUCAGCAGCAGCCAAACAGAGCUGGAGAAUCGGCUCCACCAGUUGACAGAGACGCUGAUCCAGAAGCAGACAAUGCUGGAGGCUUUGGGCACAGAGAAAAACUCCCUGGUUUUUCAGCUGGAGCGUUUGGAACAACAACUAAAGAACGCACAGGGUGGACAAAGUGGAGGGCCAGCUAUUAAUAUGAGUGGCCUGGAAGGACCAGGAGCGCGACAAAGAAACACACCGGUCCUAUUCAGCGACCAAGACACUCCCGGCGUGUAUGGCAAAGUUCGUAAGGCAGCCAGCACAAUUGAUCGUUUCAGCAUCAGACUGGGAAUCUUCCUGCGGCGCUACCCUAUAGCCAGAGUGUUUGUCAUCUUGUAUAUGGCGGUGCUGCACCUUUGGGUUAUGAUUGUUCUCCUAACGUACACACCAGAAAUGCACCACGGGAAUCCAGAUGGAAGAUAGGGGGCUUGAACUUGAGUUUUUACUAAAGUGAGCUCUAUUGCCUUCUAUGUAAGGAUAAAGAAGCUGCUGGAAUUUGGGCUCUGGGACCCAACUUUCCCUGUUUUGCACAGUAAUGGUAUGAAUUAAAGACAUUGGUUCUUGUUUCUAUCUUUAUUCAAAUGAAGAUUAGUAGCUGAAAGCUGCAACGAAUUUCAAAAUAAUUAAAUAGAAGUUGUAUUCGUGGUCUGCUGCAAUGACAAUAAAUGGGUCUGUUUUCUGGAGAAACUGUAUUUAACACUAUGUAAAAAAAACUUUUAAUAAACAAGUUAGAGAAAUCAAAUAAA